CGCCAACGUGACCGCUUGGUGCUCGCUGUGCUAUUUGGUGGCCCCAUUGGAAAAGCUUUGAUAUUGGUAGUAGGAGCCCCGUGACUGCCGAGCACGGCUGACGUCAAGGCAGGAGCGAAGCUGCCAUCAGUUACAACCUCAGCAGCCUGUCCUCUCUCCUUUCUCUCUCUCUCUCUCUCUCUCUCUCUCUCUCUCUCACUCACUCACUCACACUCACUCAGUCUCACAAACUCAUUCCCACAUCUCGUGGUCUCCGCUGCAUGUUUCGCCGGCGAGCGCAACUCUCCGCCUCCUUCAUCAGGGUCCAGGAAAGCGACAGACUCAUCCAAACAGGAAGGGAGGAACCGCACGGAUGCCCUGGCCUAUUAUCCAGCUGUGACGGGAAUAUCGGCACGGUGGAGCGAUGGGUGACAUCGCUUCUGUGAAUGAAACCGUCAAUCUCUCCAGCUGGCUGGGUGCCCUGGACAACAACUCUUCCCUAGAUUUGCAGUCGCAGGUACCGAGGCAGUCGGUGGACCCUUGGGAUGUGAUGUUGUGUAUUUCGGGGACCGUCAUCGCCUGUGAAAACGCACUGGUGGUAGCCAUCAUAUUCCUCAGACCAGCUUUACGAACGCCCAUGUUUUUACUGAUCGGGAGCUUAGCAACGGCGGACCUCUUCGCAGGUCUUGGAUUGGUUCUGAAUUUCUUUUUCCAUUAUUUGAUUCGCUCAGAGACAAUCAACCUGAUCACCGUGGGGUUCUUGGUUGGCUCUUUCUCUGCCUCUGUAAACAGUCUGCUUGCCAUAACCAUCGAUCGCUACCUUUCGCUGUAUAACGCGUUAACCUACUACUCAGAAAGAACUAUAGCUUACAUUCACACCAUGCUGGUGGUGGCCUGGGCUGUUUCUAUCUGCCUGGGCUUGCUUCCGAUUCUGGGAUGGAACUGUUUGAGCGAUGCGUCUACCUGUAGCAUCGUGAAACCUUUGACCAAGAGCAACUUAACUGUCUUAGCAAUCUCUUUCCUUUUGAACUUUGUUAUCAUGUUGCACCUUUAUAUCAAAAUGUGCAAAUUAGUCUGUCGUCACGCCCACCAAAUUGCACUUCAACAGCACUUCUUUGGGACGUCUUACUCGAUGACCACAAAGAAAAGUGUCUCCACGCUCGCCAUCAUUGUAGGGACCUUCGGGACAAGCUGGCUCCCUUUCGCCAUUUACUGCCUGGUUGGGGAUCAGAGUUAUCCGGUAGUGUACACCUAUGCCACCCUCCUCCCUGCCACUUACAAUUCCAUGAUCAAUCCCAUCAUUUAUGCAUUCAAAAAUCCGGACAUCCAAAAAGCAACCUGGCUUUUGUUUUGUGGCUGCUUUCAGUCCGACUCUUUCUUCCAUGCCAGGUCACCGAGCGAUGUUUAGGCCAUUGUCUCCCCCGAAACCAGUCCCCUUCUCUCUCCUGCCAUUAUCGGCCUUGGAAUUCGGUCUGUGGCUUCACUCCCGAUAAUUCCCGGGAAGAUGUUGUGAAUAGUUCCUCCUACUGGGUGCCAAUGAAAGGACCAACAUUUUAGUUCAGAGUGGAUUAGAGUUGAAGGUCCAAUUGUUCCAGUGGCUAUGGAACGUAACAGGUCUGUCCAAAUAAGAUGUUUUGUUUGUUUUCAAUUAACGUGGAACCAUCGUCCUCUCUGAUUUUAGCCCAAACUUAACUUGCUAGGAGGCGCAUACUGGGUACCAGAUCACCAUCUCAGCACACACUGUAUCCCUCCCCGUGUCUCGAAACCUAAGCUUCACAACUUUUCAAGGCGACCGGCAGGUGCUUCAAAGAUCAAAAACAAACCAUUUAAAGAGGGUAUAGCAUGACAAUUUACCACAUUGCGUUAGAAAACUAAAUUGAGCUUUUAGCGGGCGAUUUAUUGCAUCUCGCCCGGUGGAUGCCAACUCGGCGCUGAAUUUUGAGCCCAGAGAGAUUAGGGAAUUUCUCAGUGGAGAAAACUCUUGCCUUCUCAGUUCAGUGCCAAAUAAGGAUGGACAACAAAUGCCGGCAUUACCAGCAAUGUCCACAUCCCGGGAAGGAGCCGACAGCGUCUAAAGGUGGAUUGUCUCAGACCCCUAUUCUCAACAGAGAGAAUAAAACUCCACCGAACCUCUUCAAAACGAAGAUUUAGAGACCUCAGACAUGACUGUCCAUUGAACAACUGAAGACGUAUUGAAAUAACCAAGCACUUUAUAUGUAAUUUUCCAGACUGCUCCGCCUUUGCGGAUGAACUGUACAGAAAAUAUUGAUUGCAGCCUGCAACAUAUUCUAUUUUGUGUAUUAACUGUAUUAAUGUCGUGAAUCCGGGUGCUUAUUUUGUUUUCUG